AUUUUCUUUCCUUUCUUCUCAUUUGUCCUUUCUAUUUCCAGGCUCACUUCAUACAGAGAGAGAGAGAGAUUAGCAAAAGCAUAUCUUUCUCUGUCUGAGUAAAAGGAAACCAAAAACACUAACCAUGGAGUUACUAAAGGGUUCUGGUCAGAACCAGCCCGAAUCGGCUGGUUCCUCGUCUACACUGAGUGGUGGACUCAGGUUUGGUCAGAAGAUCUACUUCGAGGAUGGAUCCGGAGCAGGUUUAAGCAAGAACCGUGUUAAUGCUGGUCGUAAGUCGAUGACAGCUAGGUGCCAAGUGGAAGGUUGUAGAAUGGAUCUAAGCAAUGCUAAAACUUAUUACUCAAGACACAAAGUUUGUUGUGUUCACUCUAAGUCAUCUAAAGUCAUUGUCUCUGGUCUUCACCAAAGGUUUUGCCAGCAAUGUAGCAGGUUUCACCAGCUUUCUGAGUUUGACUUAGAGAAACGAAGUUGUAGACGGCGACUCGCUUGCCACAACGAACGUCGAAGAAAGCCUCAAGCAACAACCACUCUCUUGACUUCUCGUUUCGCUAGCAUCGCUCCAUCUCUAUACGGGAACGCCAUUAGAGGCGUUUUGGGAGAUCCUGCUACGUGGUCAACCACCGCAAGAGGGUCUGCACCAUGGCAAAGCCAUCAACUGAUGAAUGUUUUCUCAUAUGGAAACUCAAGCACAGACUCGAGCUGUGCUCUCUCUCUUCUGUCAAACUCAAACCUAGCUCAGCAGGAACAACAGAGACUUCAGACACCAACCAAUACAUGGCGACCAUCUUUAGAUUUCGACUCAGUUGUUGCUGAUAGGGUUACAAUGGCUCAGCCACCUCCUGUUUCAAUCCAGAAUCAGUACUUGAACCAAACUUGGGAGUUCAUGUCAGGCGAAAAAAGCAAUGAACAUUGUAUAUCUCCUGCUUUGGGACUGAACCAAAUCUCCGAGCCGGUUGGUUUCCAGAUAAGCAAUGGCACCACAAUGGGUGGAUUCGAGUUGUCUCUUCAUCAGCAGGUUCUGAGGCAAUACUUGGAACCUGAGAACACAAGAGCCUAUGACUCUUCUCCUCAACAAUUCAACUGGUCUCUAUGAGUCUUUCUCUCUUUCACCCCUCCAAAGACUUUUUUUCUGAACUUGUUCAUGUGCACCAAGAGCCUUAUCUAUGGAAAGACUUAUCUGUUCUAUGCUACUUAAAAAAACAGUCAAUGAUGGCAGAAAAUGGCUUUUGUUUUGAGUAUUACUUUAAUGUUUUUUAGCGUUUGAUCUUUAAGCCAUUUGUUUUU